GGCAAUAGGCCAUUCUGCCCUUCGAGCCAGCACCGCCAUUCAAUAUGAUCAUGGCUGAUCAUCCACAAUCAGUACCCCGUUCCUGCCAUCUCCCCAUAUCCCCUGACUCCGCUAUUUUUAAGAGCCCUAUCCAGCUCUCUCUUGAAAGUAUCCAGAGAACCGGCCUCCACCGCUGAUCACUUUGUGUGUGCGCGUGUGUGUGGGGGGUGGUAGUUUUUGGCUGGCUGCAACUGGCUUCCUUCACUGUGGUAUAAUACUGACACAUGCUUCCUGAGUGGAAGUCCAGAGACACUUCUGCAACGGAGCACUAGUCACGCUGAGGGACGUUACCGCUGCCUGACAUUACAACAGCCGGGACUGUGUUGCUGCCACGGGACUCGUGCGAUGAAUAACGCCUCGUGCAACGUGACCUUCACCCAGGGCUCUGUGCCAUUGGCCACCGUCUACAGCCUGGUGCUGAUCUUCGGGCUGCCCGCCAACCUGCUGAGCCUCACCCUCAGCGCCCUGAAGAUUCGGAGGAAGAACGUGCUGUCGGUCUAUCUCUUCACCCUCUCGCUCUCCGACCUGAUCUACCUGGCCACCAUCCCCUGGUGGAUCAGCUACGCCAGGAACUCCAGCCGCUGGAUCCACAGCAGCCUGGCGUGCAGCAUCACUGGCUACAUCUUUUUCAACAACCUGUACAUCAGCAUCCUCCUGCUGUGCUGCAUCUCGGUCGACCGCUGCCUGGUCGUCCUCUACCCCAUCGAGGCGCAGUGGCGGCGUCGCAGGCGGGUGGCCGUGGCGGUCUGCCUCACCGUCUGGGUCACGGUGAUGCUAGUCCACACCCCCGUCUUCUACCUGUCCACGGUGCAGACCUCGAAGGAGAAGAAUGACUCUUGCUUCGAGACCAUCCCCAUGCCCGACUUGGUGGCAAACUUCAACUACGCUCGCUUCUGCAUCGGCUUCUGCCUCCCCCUCACCAUCUUGGUGACCACCAACUGCCUGAUCUUCCGCCGCAUCCAGUCCAGCCCCUGCCUGAACACCACCCAGAAGAGGAAAAUCAAGUACCUGGCCCUGUCAGUCAUCCUCAUCUUCCUGGUCUGCUUUGCCCCCUACCACAUCAUCCUGCUUUCCAGGGCUCUGGCGUUCUCCCUGAGCAAGGACAGUUGCUGGUUCGAGGAGCAGAUCUACGGCGUGUCCAUCACCUUCCUCUGCCUCUGCACUGUCAACAGCAUCGUCAACCCCUUCCUCUACAUGUUCUCCUCUGAGAGCGUCAGGCAGGAGUUGAGACGGGACCUCCGGCUCCUCUUCUUCCUGCCCCUGCCUCGGGAGAGCGGGACGGAGACCUACUUCCUCAACCACGGCACAGGCUCCAAGAUGUCCUCUAGUCUGAGGAAAGAGGUGACCAGUAACAACAAAUGACCCAGCCGGGAGCUCUGACUUACCAAGUCCCCACCAUGUACUUGGAGCAGGCUCGCGAGAAGAUGUUCUACGAGUCGUAAAUCUUAAAUCUCCGCGCCUGCUCGAAUGUUUGAAUAUGCACAGAAGGUCAGGAGGAGAUCUGAUAUGAUCCAGGAACUGGGCUGGCAAAGGAUGAGCCACACACCUGGACACACCUGGGUCGUGGACAUUGGUGGCAAAAACGGGAAAGCAGACUAUUAUCUAAAUGGUGGCCGAUUGGGAAAGGGGGAGAUGCAGCGAGACCUGGGUGGCAUGGUACACCAGUCAUUGAAGGCAGGCAUGCAGGUGCAGCAGGCAGUAAAGAAAGCGAAUGGUAUGUUAGCUUUCAUUGCAAAAGGAUUUGAGUAUAGGAGCAGGGAGGUUCUACUGCAGUUGUACAGGGUCUUGGUGAGACCACACCUGGAGUAUUGUGUACAGUUUUGGUCUCCAAAUCUGAGGAUGGACAUUAUUGCCAUAGAGGGAGUGCAGAGACGGUUCACCAGACAGAUUCCUGGGAUGGCAGGACUGUCUUAUGAGGAAAGACUGGAUAGACUUGGUUUAUACUCUCUAGAAUUUAGGAGAUUGAGAGGGAAUCUUAUAGAAACUUACAAAAUUCUUAAGGGGUUGGACAGGCUAGAUGCAGGAAGAUUGCUCCCGAUGUUGGGGAAGUCCAGGACAAGGGGUCACAGCUUAAGGAUAAGGGGGAAAUCCUUUAAAACUGAGAUGAGAAGAACUUUUUUUCACACAGAGAGUGGUGAAUCUCUGGAACUCUCUGCCACACAAUUAACAACUUUGUGGAGUGGAGUGCACACAAUAACCUCCAUCUCAAUAACACAAAAACGAAGGAGAUAGUUGCGGAUUUCAGGGGGGGGAGGAGGAGGACUCAACCAACACCAAUCACCAUCAGGGGCACUGAGGUGGAGGUGGUCGCCAGCCACAGGUACCUUGGUGUGCAGCUUGACAGUGAGCUGGAGUGGAAGAGUCAUAUGGAGGCGGUGUACAGGAAGGGACAAAGUCGGCUGUAUUUUUUAAGGAGGCUAAGGUCAUUCAACAUCUGCCAACCCCUACUGUGCAGUGUUUACCAUUCAGUGGUGGCCAGUGCUCUGUUUUUUGCUGUGGCCUGUUGGGGAGAAGGCGCCCGCAUAGCGGACAAAAACAGACUGGACAAGCUGAUCAGGAAGGCCGGCUCAGUGGUUGGGGCUGAGCAACUAACGGUCCAGCAGGUGGCAGAGGCCAGAACUCUGAACAAACUAGGUUCAAUAAUGACCAACCCCACUCACCCACUCCACGCCCUGAAGGUGAUCAAGAGCAGCAUCUUCAGUCAGAGACUGAUUGCACCAAUGUGCAAAACGGAGAGAUAUAGGAAGUCUUGUAUACCAGCUGCUAUAAGGUUUUAUAAUGCACAAAAAUAAUUUUGUUUUUUUUUAGUAUUCAUUCAUUGUAUUUUAACUUAUUAAGUAUUGAAGCUAUCUGUGGAAAUGUGUGGUGUUAUGUCUGUCCUGAAGCUGUUGUGGCACUGUAAUUUCCUGUAAAGGAUUAUUAAAGGUUAUUCAAUUCAAUUCAAAAUGGCCUAAUUCUGCUCCUAUCACUUACGAAGUUAUGAACAUAUGAAACUAGCUUGCUGUUGGACGGGGGGACAAUAGACAAUAGACAAUCGGUGCAGGAGAAGGCCAUUCAGCCCUUCGAGCCAGCACCGAUAGGUAGGGUGAUGACUGCGGCUGCAUUGUUGCUUGCGGCUGUUGCAGAGGACGCUGCAAUGGUGUUGUUCUUGGCGCGGGCGUGAGGGGGGUGGUGUGGACUGUCCCACCAGCAGCAGCCUCUGGUGCAUUAAACAUCCAGCUGGCUGUGGGUGGCUGACGUGAUGUCGGAAGAUGGAACAAACCUCCCGCACAACACGAAACAGGAAUCACAUACCCAGCGAGUGUGCGACGCCCGGGCCUCUGUGUGACUGACUCUCACAAAGCAUAGAACAGUACAGCACGGGAACAGGCCCUUCGGCCCACAAUGUCUGUGCUGAACAUGAUGCCGUUAAGGGCCUGUCCCACUUGGUGAUUUUUUUCGGUGACUGCUGGCGUCAUAUCAGAGUUGCCGAAAGAUUUCGAACGUUUCAAAAUCCAGCGGCGACAAAACAAAUGUUGCGACACUUGAGGAAACACUGCGCGUCAAUACGUCAUCACGUCGCGUCACGUCGCGACUUUUUCGGUGACUUGAUACUUCAGUCAAUGAUGCCAGCAGUC